UCCAGCUAUUCCUUUUUUCCUGCGCCGUUCACACGGGUGGGGUGCAGGGAGAGGCUGGGGAUGCCGGAGGCUGCCGGGUGUGGGGGUCCCGGAUCCGUGAUGCAGAACUGGGAUGUGCCUGAGUGGAUGCAGAAAAGCUGGAUUUGAACAUUUUCUGCUGUUCUCUCGAUUUCCUGUUGCCUUCCCAAGAACAACAUCCCUGACCUCAUCCUCCCCCGGUAUGUGCCGGGAUGCUGCCGGGGCUCCAGCCGCCCGUCGGGGAUCCCACCCGGCCUUCCCUGGGUACCAAGACAAACACAGCUGCGGGAAUGACGGAGAAAAGGCUAUUUUGGCUCCUGCCUUAGGCCGGUGUGGAGGGAGCUGCCCCUGUGCCCUGGGACGCUGAAGUGUCACCUGUCCCCCAUCCCGGCAGAGAGGAGAGAGGGGAACAUCCCCGGCCGCAGAUCCCAGCGUCCCAGAUCCGCGGGAUCCCACGGAUCGGCUGCCGUUCCCGCGGACCAUGGCGUUUCCCAACCACUCCGAUUACUUGGAUGGCCUCAGUAAUAACUACAGCGACUACUCGGACUACUCCUACGAGGACCCCGGCAGCGCGCGGGCGGACCCGGCCCACGACCCCAAGGACAUCACCAGGAUCCUGUCCGUCAUCAUCUACAGCGUGUCCUGCGUGCUGGGCAUCCUGGGCAACGGCCUCGUUAUCGCCAUCAUCACUCUGAAGAUGAAGAAGUCGGUCAACGCCGUCUGGUUUCUCAACCUGGCCGUGGCCGACUUCCUCUUCAACAUCUUCCUGCCCAUCAACAUCGCCUACACGGCCAUGAGCUACCACUGGAUCUUCGGCACGGCCAUGUGCAAGCUGAACUCCUUCCUCCUCAUCCUCAACAUGUACACGAGCGUCCUGCUGCUCACCACCAUCAGUUUUGACCGCUACGUGUCCGUGGUGUUCCCGGUGUGGUCGCAGAACCACCGCUCCACCAACCUGGCCUACGGGGUUUGUGUCAUCAUCUGGACCGUGGGCAUCGUCAUGAGCUGCCCCUCGCUCGUCUUCCGGGACACGAUGCAGAUCCGCAACUCCGUGAUUUGUUUCAGCAACUUCUCCCUCUCCUGGAAUAAAUCCUACAAAGGGCUGUCUCUGAUGAGGCACCGCACCGUGAACAUCACCAGGUUCCUGGCCGGGUACAUCAUCCCCAUCACCAUCAUCACCUUCUGCUACGUCGCCAUCGUCUUCAACCUGCGCCGGAACCGCCUGGCGAAGUCCAAGAAGCCCUUCAAGAUCAUUGUCACCAUCAUUGUCACCUUCUUCCUCUGCUGGAGUCCCUACCACCUGCUGAACCUGCUGGAGACGGUGCCCGACACGGUGCCCCGCUCCGUGUUUGAGAUCUUCAUCCCGCUCACCACGGCUCUGGCAGCCUCCAACAGCUGCAUGAACCCCGUCCUCUACGUCUUCAUGGGCCAGGACUUCAAGAAGUUCAAGGUGACCCUCCUUUCCAGGCUGGUGAAUGCCCUCAGCGAGGAGACGGGACACUCCAGCAUUGUGCACAGGAGCUUCUCCAAGGUCUCCUCCAUGACUGAGAAAGAGACAACGGUUGUCUAAACGCAGCCUGCAGGAGGGACAGGAUCCCGUGGUGUUGGCACAGUGACGGUGACCAGGCCUGGUGUGGGUGCAGCAUUGUCCAGCACUGUCCUACAGCCCAUUUUUGACUGGUGUUGCUGCCUGGGGGCUGUCAGAGAAAGGAGACCCCCAAGGUAUGGAGAAGACACAACCAGCCUUGGUCCCGUGUGGGAUUGCAAAAAUCCUUGUGCCGAUGUAAGAAAACAUUUUUGGGCAUCCCCAUCCAAACUGCAUCGCCUGACCCGGGAAGGGCUUUCCUGGUGUUUCCAGAGGCACCGUGGUGGGUGCAGGUAUCAGGAGGGCAUCUCCUGUGCCAUGGCCACAUUGGUGACACUCCUUUGUCCCAUGUCUGUGUGUGGCUCCUCAUGGUAAAUCCCUGAGGUAUUUUGGUACCA